AUGAGCUGCGAUGAGUUUGAUGACGAUAUAGCGGACGAGGACUUUAACACUGCGUUUGACCAAGUAUCGUCCUCCAGCGCACGACUGAAUCAGUCAUUUACUUCCUCAAACGGUCAGACUUUCGGAAAACGACAACUGGUAAAGCAGAAUCUGGCAUCGGAAUUAGAGGGGCUGCCAGACGAUGCCUUUUCUUCACCCGAACCACCACCGACGCAGUUCCGGCCAAGUACAAACCAGGCAACGCCACGUGCAGCGCUCCAGCGAUCCGGCUCCGGGGCUUACAGACAAACAACGCUCUUUGGAAAGCCACUUGGUGACACCAGCAGCCAACCACAGGAGUCCAAUGCUGCCAGGGUCUUUCGCGCCGACUUGUCCCGGGAAGAGGCGAGCCAUCAUGAAUUGGACAAGGAAGCUAUGCAGACCUGGGUGUAUCCCACAAAUCUGGGAGCGAUCCGAGACUACCAGUUCAGCAUCGUGAAGAACAGCCUCUUUAACAAUACAUUGGUCGCGCUGCCCACCGGUCUAGGAAAGACAUUCAUCGCCGCGACAGUCAUGCUCAAUUUCUACAGGUGGACUAAGAAGGGCAAGAUUAUUUUUGUCGCUCCUACAAAACCUUUAGUUGCUCAGCAAAUUGACGCCUGCUACAGCAUCGCAGGUAUACCAAGAUCGGAAACCACGCUGCUUACAGGUGACAUUCAGCCUGUCUUGCGCGAGGAGGAGUGGGAGAAGAGAAGGGUAUUUUUCAUGACACCGCAGACACUGUUAAACGACCUAUCCCAUGGAUACGCAGACCCAAAAAGCAUUUGCCUCAUAGUGGUCGACGAGGCCCACCGCGCCGUCGGAGAGUACGCAUACGCCAAAGUCGCCAAAUUGAUCAGACGAUUUUCAAAAAGUUUUCGAGUUCUCGCCCUGACAGCCACUCCGGGUUCCAAAAUCGAGACAGUGCAAGAAAUUAUUGACAACCUUGGAAUCUCGCAUUGCGAAAUCCGUACAGAAGAUUCGAUCGACAUUCGUCAAUACGUCCAUGACAGAAACAUUGAACAAGUGGUACUUGAUCCAUCCGACGAAAUGAAUCUUGUUUGCGAGUUAUUCUCAGAAGCUCUCAAGCCGCUCUUGGAUAAACUGAGCGCGCAAAAUAUUUGGUACGGAAAAAGCCCAAUGGCGAUAUCGGCGUUUGGCCUAUUACAAGCGCAAAAGGAGUGGUUUGCGACACGGGGCAGACAUGCCAACCAGGGCAUUCAGUUCAUGCUACGCGCCAUUUUUAGCGUGCUCACGGGUUUGGCACAUUCAAUCAAGCUUCUCAACUUUCACGGCAUUAAACCGUUCUACGACAACCUAGUGGAUUUUCGAAGCGAACAAGAAGACAAAGGACAAAAGGGCUCCAAAUACAAGCGACAGCUUAUUGAGCAUCCAAGCUUUCAAGAUAUGAUGAACAAGAUUGCUAGCUGGAUGAAACGAGACGGGUUCGUCGGGCAUCCUAAACAAACAGCCUUGGCGGACACGGUCUUGAACCAUUUUAUGGACCGAGGAGAGAGCUCAAGCACGCGCGUCAUUGUGUUCAGCGAAUAUCGCGAUUCUGCGGAAGAAAUUGUGCGCAUGCUGAAUAUGCAUCAACCGCUGGUGAAGGCUAGUAUCUUUGUUGGCCAGGCGGAUGGCAAGCGAGGCGAAGGCAUGAAACAGGCGCAACAGAUCCAGGCGAUUGAAAAGUUUCGCAACGGUCACUUCAAUGUACUCGUUGCUACUUCCAUCGGUGAAGAAGGCUUGGAUAUCGGACAGGUAGAUCUCAUUGUCUGCUACGACGCGUCGGCAUCACCAAUUCGCAUGUUGCAGCGCAUGGGACGAACCGGACGAAAACGAGCCGGCAACAUUGUACUGCUGUUGAUGCGAGGCAAAGAAGAAGACCAAUUUGCCAAGUCAAAGGACAAUUACGAAAAGAUGCAACAUUUGAUCUGCGAAGGCAGCCGCUUCAACUUUCGCUUCGACUUGUCUACUCGCAUCGUGCCUCGCAACAUACGACCCGAGGUGGACAAGCGACAUGUUGACAUUCCUGUGGAAAACACGCAGGAUAAAUCACUGCCAGAGCCCAAGAAGAGGAGAGCCGCGGCGGGAAAGAAGAAGUCGGCAAAAAAGUUUCACAUGCCAGACGGUGUGGAAACAGGCUUUCAAAAAGUGACAGACUUUAUGAAAGGCCCGGCCAAGAAGACAAAGAAAGCCGAGCCGAAGCGCAACUCCGAACUGGACGACCUGACCACGGUACCAGACUUUGAUAGUGUGGUGCUUGGCGAAGAGCAGAUUCAGGAGCUCAACCGAUCCUACCGCGACCUUCCAUUUAACCAUAGCACUUACGAGGAAACGGAGCUGCUAAGCUUGACUGCUCAUCCACAAUUACAACGUCACCUUGGACCAGCGUGCCUGCUCGGGCAUGGCUCGUAUACCAAGCGCUUCGUCAAAAUGUUGCAUGCUAUGAGCACCAACUCGGACAAGUUGGUUCGAGCAUGCCGCGACAAAGACGACAGCGCAUACCUCGAGAUUCCAGUACGGCGAUUUGUGACCUCUGAUGGGGAAUCAGAGGUUGAAGACGAGCCAAUAGUGCUGGAGCGCCAGAAAGCAAGGCGAAACUCGUCUGGUUCGACAGGAAGCCUACCUGAUCUGGUAGAGAUACGUCGCACGGCUGUGAGGGCGGUUUUGGAAGACAUGGCUGCCGAAGCCGACACAGAUGACGACGACGGACCGAGAAGAAAGAAACGGAAAACCACCAAAAAGGUCAAGAAAGGAAGCGGCAAGAAGAAAAAGGGCAGUGAGGGGAGGACGGCAGUCAACUUGGAUGAAGUGGGCGACGACUGUGACCGAACCAGCGAUGUUCUGGACACGGACGGGUCAGACAGCGGUGGCGACUUGUUGGGCUUUGUCGUUUCCGAUAAUGCGCCCAGCUCCAGUAUGAGGCAUUCUCAGCCAACGUCGCCGAUAUCGACUGGCCAGGCGACGCCUCGAGCUACUGCCACGAAAUCCAAGCCAUUCUUCGAGCCCACGACAUUCAACGCCACGCAAGAGAGCGAAGGCAUGCCAGAGCUGGACUCUAUACUGUCAUCGGUCGGUAAAGACAAGCCGCCGGACAAUGCACUGGCUGUAAGACGGGCUGGGCGUAAGCGAGGACGAGUUGUGGAUGACUCGGAUAGUGAUUUGGACCUGCUUUAG